AUGGACGAGUACGGCUACAUGUCCUCUCGAGUGCGGAACAACUCAAACGAGGAGGCGCCAGUUUUGUUGGAAUGCGACUCUAAAACCGAGAACUGUCCGAACAACAAUGCAACAACUCUCCCCAAAGGCCUUGCCGUCCGAGGGAUCAACUCUGGACCAAGAAAUACCCGCUUACGGAUCCCCGCCAGCAGCAGCAUCAAUAGCUGCGACGAGCCCUAUAGGACGCCGAACAUGCAGCAAGUGCAGAGCAUUCCAAAUCCCCGUAAGAAGAACUUUAUGGCCCCGCACAGCAGCCCGAAGAAGUCGAAGAAGGUUUUGUUUCCACCGGCCGAGCCACUGAGCCGGAGACGCUACUUCGAUGGUUUGAAGCAUUGCGACAUCUUCAGUAUGCUGAGCCACAACCAGCCGGCCCUGGAGUGCAUACUGAAGCAUAUGAGUGCCCAAACGCUGGAUGUCAUGACCAAAGUAACGAAAAGCUGGGUGCAGACUCUCUUCAAGAGCCGGCAGUCCGUGGAGCGUCUGCACAAUCAUCGCCUUAAGUCGAGCCUCAACUUAGAGAAUCCCGAUCUCCCAAGAGAAGAUACAAUUUACCACAACAGUCUUAAACUGAUGGAGGCAGACGCCGGCCGGGUAUUGAAGGAGCAGCAACGGAUCAAGUGUGCCCGCUGCGGCAAGAGCAGCCGCGUCUUCGUCAGCGAGAAUGCGCGGGAGCGAAGCGAUGAAAGCCUGCUGAUGCCACCGAUUAAAUAUGCAUUUUCCAACAGCAAAAGGCUACCCGUAACACGCUUCCUGGCGCUGAAUCUCGAAGACAUCACGGGCUCGCAGCCAACCUACACGUUCGCCGAAUGUACCAGUGUCAUCUACAAGUACCGCUUCUGCACCAACUGCCUGUGCAAGUCCCAUCCGGGCGAGCGAUGCCUGGUCACCGGCUGGGAUCACCCUCGACGCUGCUGA